AUGGCGCUUACAAGAUUCAGGUUGCGGGUUCCGCGCCCAAAGACGUUCCUGGGCUGCAUCAGCCUGCAAACCGGCACCGAGAUCAUCUCACUGAUCCUGCUCUUCAACCGCCUCACCGGCCUGUACGGCCUCCUCGCGAUCCUCACCGGCUACGAGAUCUCCGCGACGCAGCUGUCGAUGUACAUGUACUCGGUUGGCGUCAUCGUCUGCCUGGCCAUGUUUCUGCCUCACAUCCGCAAGAACAGCCCCUUUGAGGCUCUCGGGCUCGCGUGGCUGUACAUCAUCGACACGAUCCUCAACAUCGCGUACACGACCUUCUUCGCCGUCGGCUGGUACCUCCACAGCACCGCUCUCGACAAGCACCCGGGCAGCGCGGGCGUGCCGGCCGCCGCGGAGAUUGCGGAGGAGGCGCUGGCGAACGGCGCGCCUGUCGUGCCGGACGUGCCCAAGACGACCAAGCACAUUGGCCCGCAGGAGUCGUGGAUGAGCCUGGGGCUGAUCAUCACCGUGACGCUGCUGAGGGUCUACUUUGCGGUUGUCGUCAUGUCGUUUGCGCAGAGCGUGCUGCAGCGCUUCACUGAGAUGGGCUGGGAAGAGGAGGGACGCAAGAAGGGCCCCGACGGACCGUUCAGCCCUGGCGAGCCCGACGGCGAGGGCUACCGUGGUCGCAUCGGCAGAGUGAUGCUUGCCCUGGGACGCAGCUACUGGCUUGACGAGAAGGCGCAGGAGGAGUGGGCGAGUGCGAUGAGCUCCAAGUUUAGGCACGCAGGCGCUUAA